GCUCAAUGGCUGACCUUCAAGCAGUGGCUAGCUGUCCCGUCUGUCUGGAUUACUUGCUUUCCCUGCCCUUUUUGCCACUUUUGCUGUCCCGAAAGGAAAUUGACAAGCAAUCCUCAACUGGGUCAUUUGACUGAAAUUGCUAAGCAACUCCAGAUAAGAAGCAAGAGAAAGCGGCAGGAAGAGAAGCAUGUAUGUAAGAAGCAUAAUCAGGUUUUGACCUUUUUCUGUCGGGAAGACCUAGAGCUUUUAUGUCCAAGGUGCCGUUUCUCCACUGAUCACCAGCUUCACUGUGUUCGGCCCAGAAAGAAGGCUGCCUCCCAUCACAGGAAAAAAUUGGAGGAAUACAAUGCUGCAUGGAAGGAGGGAGUGGAACUAACUGAAAAAAUCAUAACUGUACAAACCAGAAAAUCGUUAGAACUGAAGAAAAAGGUAAAACAUAAGGAAGAAGAAGUCAGGUCUGAAUUUGAGCAACUUAGGUUAUUUCUCCAAAAGGAGCAAGAGACUGUUCUUGGGCAAUUACAAGCUGAAGAGACGGAUAUUUUAGCACAACUAAAUGAAAGCCUAAGAAAAUUCUCAGAUCAUACCUCCUCAUUAAAAUAUCUACUAAAGGAGAUAGAGAGCACAUAUGUAAAGCCAGGACUGGAAUUACUGGCAAAUGUUAAGGAUAUCUAUCACAGGUACAAAAAUUUCAAAUUCCCUGAACCUUUUCCAUUCAGAUUAAAAGAAUACGGUUACCGUCUGCCUCCACAAUAUUCUGGCCUAUACAAAAUUAUCAAGCGAUUUCAAGUAGAUGUAAUUCUAGAUCCUGAAACAGCACAUCAUAAACUUAUAGUCUCAGCAGAUAGGAAAACUGUGCGCUAUGGAAAUACAGUGCAAAUCUUACCUUCAAACCCAAGAAGAUUUUAUCGCCUCCCAGCUGUUGUGGGUUCUAAGGGCUAUAGUAGUGGCCGGCAGUACUGGGAAGUAGAAGUGAAAGACAAGCCUGAAUGGAUCCUUGGUGUCUGUGAUGACUCUCUUCCCAGAAGGAGGAAGCGCUCACCAACAUUAGUACAGAAUGGAUUGUGGGGAAUUCGGCGAUCUGGUCGGGAUAAUUAUAUUGUAUUGGGUCAUGAGGAAAUUAAUCCGCUGCCAAAAGUAGCACCUAGUAAGAUUGGCAUUUUUUUAGACUAUGAAAUGAGUGAGAUUUCCUUUUAUAAUGUGAAUGAUAGCUCUCUACUGUAUACUUUUAAUGAUGAUUUUACAGGGCCACUUUGGCCUUAUUUUUAUACUGGAAUGGACUCAAAACCUCUUAAAAUUUCUAGAGUAAAAGAUUGUGAAUAA